AUGUAUAUCCCAUUGAAGUAUAAGAAUUGUAGAGAAUGUAAACAAGAAAAUACUGGAAUGCUAUACUGUAAAGCAUGUAAUGUAAAGCAUUUUCAACAAAAUUUUAAAAAUUGGACAAGUGGUAAUAACGAUAUUGACAAAUUUAUUCAAGAUAAUCAACUAUCAGCGAAUUUUUAUGGUCAAGUAUUAGAAUGGAUACCUUACAAUAAAUUAUAUGAUAUUGAAUAUAUUGCAAAAGGUGGAUUUGGAAAAGUGUAUAGAGCAAAAUGGAUUGAUGGAUUUAUUGGUUAUUGGGAUAAUAUAAAUGAAAAUUGGGAACGACAUAAUUCCGAUGGGUUUGUAGCUCUAAAAAGUUUAAAUAAUUCAGAAAAUGUUACACUAGAAUUUAUCAAUGAGAGUUAUGGGAUCACACAAGACCCAGAAACAAAAAAUUACAUGAUGAUUUUAGAAUAUGCAGAGAAUGGAAGACUCGAGAGUAUUCAUGAAAAAGAACUAAUUCAUCGAGAUUUACAUAUUGGAAACAUACUUAGUUUUUCAGGUUAUACUUCUAUAGCUGAUAUGGGAUUAUGUAAACCUGCAGAUUAUAAUGCAUCGGAAAAUACAAAAAACAGUAUAUAUGGUGUUUUACCUUAUAUUGCUCCCGAAGUUUUAAGAGGACAAAAUUAUACUAAAGCUGCUGAUAUUUACAGUUUUGGUAUAAUUAUGUAUGAAGUAAUUUCUGGACUACCUCCAUACCAUGAUGUAAGCCAUGACAAAAUUUUAGCAAUAAAAAUUUGUCAAGGACUUAGACCUCAAUUGAUUGAAUCCUAUAAAUUGGAAUAUAAUGAAACAGAAUUAACAGAAUUACAAAAACAAAUUAGAGAAGUAGAAGAAAUUGAUAAUAGUUUACCAACUAGCAGUGUGCCAUCAACUAGAUUAGCAUACGAAACACAUUCCGAAGCUGUUUAUACAAGUAGAUUACUUAAUUUUAAUAAUCUUCCAGAACCCAAAAAUUCAGAUGAUUAUUAUGAUGAACAAAAUGACAAUAUAAUUAGUGAAAAAUUUUCAGAUAUGAAAAAUAUGAAAAUUAGUCGUGUUGUAAAUAAUUCUAAAGCUUGCUAUAUUAGAUUAUUAUAUCAGUACCGGUUUAAUUUUGGUUGGGAUUCAUUAUAUAUGGAAGUUCAAAAUUUAUAUAUUUAUAAUCGUUUUAGCGAUUAUGAAAAUAAUUUACAAUCAAAAAGUAAUACUUUUACAAUUGAAGAAAUUGAAGCUUUUAUUGUAACUAUAGACCAAUAA